CAAAAUGUUCAAAGAGUGUUUGACUCAUCAGACGUUUGUGUUAUAAAUGCUUCGGUGCAUGUGGUUUAACAAUAGUCUGUAGGCGCAUCAACAUUCGAUUUCCAAAGAUAGUUGUAUUGUUACCGGAUAAAACGAAAUGGAACUUCACAGAUUGUGUUUGAUUUUAUUGUUGGCGAUCGGGUCUCAAGGAUCUUUACUCGACUAUGUGAAAGGAAAUUUUUUUUUAGGAAAAAAAUGGGUUGUUUUGGUGGCCGGUUCAGAUGGCUGGGAAAAUUAUAGGCAUCAGGCGGAUGUGGCACAUGCUUACCAAGUCGUUAGAAGAAAUGGAAUUCCUGAAGAAAAUAUCAUCGUGAUGAUGGCCAAUGAUGUUGUAAAUCACACAAGUAAUUGGGCACCAGGAACAUUGAUUAAUCAGCCCAAUGGAACAGAUGUAUACAAAGGUAUCAAAAUCGAUUACGCAGGAUCUAAUGUAACAAAGGAAAAUUUCCUCAGUGUUCUGAAAGGCGACAAACAUAAAAUGUCGAAAAUUGGAUCCGGCAAAGUAGUCAAAAGCAGUUCACAUGAUAAUAUUUUCAUUAACUUCGUCGGUGACGGCGAGUCCGGUGUAGUGUACUUCCCAGGAAACAAGCCAUUGUAUGCCGACGAACUGAUCAGAACUCUUAAAGAGCUGUACAUUCGUCGAAAAUAUGAAAAGAUCUUGUUGUACGUUGACGCUUGUUAUUCGGGUUCAAUGUUCGACGGAUUGCUUGAUGACAAUAAAUCGAUUUUGGCCAUCACUGCGGCUGGUCCUAGGGAGAACGCAUAUACAUACUAUUACGACGAACAAUAUGACACAUACCUGGGAGAUGAAUUCGGUAUAUCUUGGAUGGAAAACUGGGACAAGGUAAUUGUGGAAGCGUCUAAGGAGGCCUCCGCACGAACGGUCUUCAAACAUUACGAGAAGACCCGGACUAAAGUUACUGAUAGUAACGUGAUGAUAUAUGGUGACUUCCACUUAGGAUUUGAAAAACUAUCCUCUUUCAUAGGAUUCUCAUACGGCCAGAGUUCUGCGAGCAAAACGAACAAAGUACUGAAUCUGUUAAAAACCGGUGAUGUAGCCGAAUUCGCUUUGAAACGCCAGUUAAUAGAUACUAAAGAUCAGAUCAAAAGAGAAUCACUGAGUAGAGAAAUUGGUCACAAGAAGAAUAAGAAACAAUUAGCCGAUAAAAUAAUGAACGAAAUUUACAAAAAAGUUGUUAAAGAAAUGCCAGAAGUUGCUGCGAAAAUCGGUACACUGGAGAAACCAGCUCAUCUAAAACUUAACAUGGAUAUGUUCCCGUGUUACAGAAGUAUAGUUAACCACAUAUCCGAGAAAUGUUUUUCAUUUUUAAAGAAUCGACAAGUACAGAUAAAUAUUUUCGCUAACAUAUGCGUAGUCAAUGAGAAAGCACAUCACUUCAUUAACAAGUUUAUCGAUGUAGCCUGUCAACAUGGAAUGCGCUCAACACAGUUAUGAGGAUUAACUAAAAAGACAAAUCAUCAUGUGAUCACAUUAUACAUUAUUCAUGUUACAUUCAAAAUAUUUGUAGAAUAAUUGUAUACGGUUUUAUUAUAUGUUUUCAUGUAAUCCUUAAAAAAUAAAGUAUUUCUUUGUUUUAA